AUGAAAUCUUCAAAUACUUACCUAAUUGGCACCUGCUAUUUGUGUACUCGAUGUCUUUAUUGUAAUCAAAAUACAUUUUUAAAAUCUUGUAAAUGUAUUAAAACUCAAAUUCCUAAUAAAAAAAACCGGACAAAAGAAGUUCCUUGGGCUUUUAAGCUUAACUACCGUGAAGAUUUUUCAACAAAGCAAUUUGAUCUUUUAGAGGAGCAAAAUAAAAUAUGCAAUUACAAUGUGGAUUUCUCUUUGGAUUUUCAAUUUUCUCUCUGUAGUUCAUGUAAUACAAAAUGGUAUCGUGCUAAAAAUUCUGAACCAGUUUCAACAAUUAGUUAUCAAAGACCGAUAUCUCUUAAUGAUAAUAUAUCAAUUAAUAAUGAUGUAUUAACUAAUUAUAAGAAUAGUAAUUAUAAUAAUCUUACUAUUUCUAAUCAUGAAGAAAAGCCAAUUUCAAUGAUCAAAUAUCAAAGAGUAAUAUCUCUUGAUGAUAAUACAUCUAUUAAUGAUGAUGUAUUUACUAGUAAUAAUAAUAUUAUUACUAUUCCUAAUUAUGAAGAAGAUGCUCGUUCUCCACUUUGUGAACACGCUUUCUAUGUAUCUAUUAAUAAUUAUCAUUCUGUAGAGGAUCCUACAUGUAAAAUCUUAGAUUGGAUAUUAACAAAAAUAGCAGCGAAUCCACGUAAAAAGGCUACAAUUGAUAGUAUUUUUCGUUGGAAUUACUAUGGAGGGGUAGGUGAACCUUUCUAUAAAGAUUUCUUUCAUAAGAAAAAGACAUGA